UGAGCGACUGGCAGGGAAAGUCGAUACUUACUAUACUGAUGCCUCCUACACGGGCUUCCAGACGGUCAAGAGAGUCCUUGAUAACCCCAUACCUAACAUGCGGCGAUCUAUUGACAUCUAACUCUGCUCGUCUCAACAGCUUUCGAGCAAACUUCACUUUCUGUGUAUAAAUGGUCACAGAAUGUCCAUAGUAUGUCCAAGAGAUGACCGUCUUACUUGAAGUGUGCCCCGGGCUUUGAUCCAUGUCGCGUUACUUGUUGCAUCCACGUCAGUGUUCCAGUUCUCGGUCGCGACAGUUUUCUCUAAUCGUCUAACCAACCGAGCCAAGUUCACUCGGUCGUGCAGAAUCUGUUCUGAUGUUUGGACAGACAUGGCUAAUGAAAGUUUACAAGUUUAGCGAAUACGAACGAGAGCGUAAAGAAACAGCAAGGCAAGCCUGAGUAUGCGUGGAUUGUAUUAAGAUUAGACGAUAUUUACCUUUCCUCAUCACAUAUACCGUAUCGUCAUCUCCCUUACAGUCUUGAUUUAUAUCCAUAACACAUGGGGCGUGGAAACAAAUCCAGUAGAGGAAGCCCCAAUCGUGGAGGUCGUGGUUUCCGUGGAGGUCGAGGACAACCUCGAGGGCGGGGAAGAGGCUUUCCAAAUCCUACAAGAGGUCGGGGAGGAGGGUAUAUUCCAAUGGAGGAGAUUGAUUUUCCAAUCCAAAUGUACUCGGAAGAAUCAAGCUAUUAUCGCGGCGGAUCCGGAGGCUUCUCUAGUGCUCGUUUCAGAGGACGAGGAAGUGGUUACUCCACUCCUCGAGGAAUGAACUCUCCAAGGGGCCGAGGACGCGGACAAUCAGGGACUCAAACACCUAACUACUAUGAUGUAGGUUCGACGCCUAGCCGAGGUAGGGGAUCAGAUUCACCUUAUGGUCAGCAACGCGGGCGAGGAUUCAGAUCUUCGGCAUCCAAGCUGCAUGCGGGGGCGCCGUUGUCCAAGCUGUUGUACGAGGACAGACCUCUGCUGCGGCCUAUUGUAUUUGUACGCUCUGUAUAUACAGCGACGUUGUUCCAAGAAGAUGAAGAUAUUUUGAAAGCUGCUGUCGAAGAACCUGACGGCGAGGAAAGUCAUGUUCCAACAGCAGACCAGGUUACUCGUGUCUUCAAUGGAGCUGCAGAGGAAGAUGCGGAGCAAUAUGAAGAUGAAUUGGAAGAAAUCGAUUUCUCUGAAGUCGGACGCAUACAGGCGGAAGUUGAUGCAGCUAGCACCACGCUUCCAUCAACAUCAGACGUCACUGUGGUCGAGGAGAAGUUUACUGGAUUCUACAUCGAUACCAACCCCACGCCGAUCUCUCAAGAUGCUCAAAUAGAUGCAGGGAAGGUAGACGAAGACGCGUUGGGCAUCUCAUGGGACGAGGACGAGAUCGUUUACGUUGCUCCUCAUCCUCGUGCUGGGCCGGUUACACCUCCCCAGGAGGCGGUGACGUUUGAACCAUUACCGACAACUUCAAUCUUGACUGGGUUGGCUCCCUCUUCGGAGGUUCCACUCGGACCUUCUGAGGAAUCAACCAAUGUUGAAGCCAACGGCGCUGCUACAAGGCGUUUAGAAGACUCAAAUGUAGCUGCAUCACUCGCUCAGACGGAGCUUGUUGUUGCUGAUACCGUCGGGUCAGCAAACAUACCCAAAACCGAGCCAGAGGCGGACAUUGCCAUCCCAGCAGUGCCGUCCUUUGAUUCAGUAUCGUUUUCCUUGCUAUCAAGUGUAUUGAAGAAACAGGAAAGAAGAAUUCACCCGGUGCACACACCUCGUUCUCUCCUAAAGAGGUUGCGUCGCACACGUUCUACACGCAAGCCUCCUCGUCACUUUGGUUCCUUUGGCGCGAUGUUGUCUGAAGCACAUUUGCGGGAAGAGGCAGGCGCAAAGGAGAGAGAUCCUCGGAAGAACGAGCAACGCAGAGGUGACUCUGACGUUGACUGGGGCGAUGAUUCUGAAGAGGAUAAUGAAAUCGCGAACGAGGUAGAUGAGAUUUCGAGUGGCGUUGGUGGCAUGGACCUUGAUGGGGAAUUUGACUUGAAGACUAUGUCGAGCUUCGUGCAUAGUAUGAGUCCGGAGGGGUCCAGGCAUAUCACUAUGGAUGAUCUCGCUGAUAUUGAACAAAUACAACAAGAGGAUGAGGAGGACGAAGAGGACGAAGAGGACAACGAAAGCAGCGAAGACAGCGAGGAAGAUGAAGAGGUGAAGAUGGUUUUACAAGAAGAGGAACGGAUGCUCAUUGCGGAAAGUGACGGCGAUGAGGACGAGGACGAGGACGAGACUACAAGUGACGAGGAUGCGCCUUCAGGUAGCUUCCAGGCACGGUUGGACAGGAUACGGAAGGCGAAGGGAAAGCGAAAAGCAGACAUCGGUGACGAGGACACUGAAGAGGACGACUUUGACAUGGCUUUGGAGAUGUCCUGGGCCGAUGGAGAUGAGGCAUUUAUUGCUCAGAUCCAGUCAUUUGUUGAUGAGGAUCAACAAAUCCUCUCGCGGAAAGAUCGCAAGCAGCGGGAUAGGAUCUUCCGGGCCAUACAGAACGGCGACUGGAAUCGCGACGAGUAUGAGGAGAUGAUGGGUCAGCCUGCUAAACGCGGAAAGGACAAGUCUAUACCACUUGAGCUCCGUGAACAAUGGCAGAAGGACCGAGAUAAGAAGGCUGAGAACAAGCGCAAACGUGCACUCGCACGCCAAGAAAUUGCAGCGGAUCCUCUUGCACGUAAGAAGGGCGGUAAGAAGGGACUGAAGGCGGCACUUGCUGCAGCACGUUUGGACCCAUCCAUUGAGAUUCCUAAUCGAGUUGUCGACCUUGUUACUUUGGAACAGCAAAUCCGUCGCUUCCUCGCUGAUAUCGGUGGCAGCCGUACGAUGGUACUUCCUCCCGCCGAUAAGGAAACCAGGACGAAGGUGCACGAACUUGCCGGUGCCUUCAAUCUCAAGAGUCAGAGCAAAGGUUCGGGCAGCAACCGAUAUACAACAUUAGUCAGGACCACGAAGAGCGGGAUCGCUAUUAAUGAGAGGAAAGUUCGGAGGAUUCUCAACACAGUCAAUCCGUCAUGGGAAGGACCAGGUCGUGGAGGGAGGAAUCAUGUCGCUUCCCUUGCGAAGCAUAAAGAAGGGGAAGAAGUUGGCAAGGCUGCACCAAAGAUUGGAGAGUCGAAUGUCGGCUUCCAGAUGCUGGCUGCGAUGGGUUGGUCUGAGGGAGGUCGUAUCGGUUUAUCAGGUGGACUGCAUGCACCUCUGGUUGCUGUUAUGAAGAAGACCAAGUUGGGGCUCGGUGCUACACUGUCGUGAUUUGCUAACAAAUAUAGUUAUCGGAGCUAUCGGUCUUGAUAUACAACAGAUAUUUUCUUGCUGUUACUAUCAAUGGGUCUAUACUCAGUAGUGAUAUUGUGUAUAUAUUAUGCCUCUUACUUGGUCAGUUCUUCAAGUUUGUGAAACAUGGCGCAGUUAGGCUUGAACAUUGCAAUU